AUGGCUGUCGAUCAACGCCCUGGAAGAAUUUGGGAUCAGAUUUUGUAAGUUAUUAAUAUUUUUAGUCAUCCAAAUUUUUUAAAAUUAGGAAUUUGAAAAAAAAUUAACACAAAAAUAUGUAUUUUCUUUUGAAUUAUUGCUGAUAUUUUGUAAAAAAUUUAUGUAUUAUGAAGGUUACUUGGUUGCUUUCAGCUCGUAUCUGCCUCGAGAAGACCUUCUAAAAUGCCGAUUAUUGAACAGCAAGUUAAAGACAGCCGCUGAGAAGUCGCUUUCAGAGCUGCCAGAGAAAAGGAAAUGUCAUUUUACCAUCACUGCGCUAAAGAAACAAGGCGGUGCUUAUAUGGUAAGAGACUUUACUUUCAAUUGUUGCCUUUUCGAACAUUUUUUUGAUUACUUUUAUUUUACAUUUACAUUUUUCAGUGUGAAAUCGAAGACUCGUCACAAAACAAGUCCAUUUUCAAGGUGGUUGAGCUGCCGAUCCUCUUCAAAAUCCACAACAUUCACAUAACUCAGCUGGAUCUUCAUCUUUUUGCCGACAAAAUCGAAAACGGAGAAGUUGUCCGCACCAUUGUGCGGAAACAAGGGUUCAGUGUGGACGGCUGUGUGGUCCGUUGCUACACAAACAACCCGGAUUGGAUUCGUCGCGUCAAUUUGCGCGCCAUGACCACUGGCUUCGCGAAAUGGUCGAUUUGGAAUGAGGAGGACCCGGCCGAUGAGAACAGAGUCCACCAGCACAAUUAUUUGAGACGAGCCCAGAUCACAACCAACUUUUCCUUCAACCCCAAGUACUGGUAUUCGACGCUGCUCAUUUGGAGGGACUGUGUGAAUUCGCGGAUCGCCCCAGGACUUUAUUUGGAUGGGAAUGGGCAACGGCAGAAGCUGCGAUUCGCCGAUAGGCUUUUUCGAUUCCGAAAAGUUUUGCAUCAACUGCGGCGGACCACAAGAUGUAGUAGGCUGUAA